AUGACUGUAUCCGCAGGUUGGAGUAUUGACACCGCGCAACCCAGCACCACGUGUGCUGUGGCCUCCGUCCCCGAACCCAACCAGUACGCUUGA